CUUCGAGAUUCACUUCCGAGGUGCUGCUGCAUGCAAUUACUGCUAUCACUCACGGCAAGCUUUACCAUUGUACCGAUUUAGACAUCAUGGCCUCCAACAUUCCCAGCGAGAUUGCUUCGACAUUACAGGGUGCCUCAAUCAAGCGCCAUCCAUCCCCUCGACACGACUUGAACCCAUCGACGGCCGCGUCAGAGAAGCAGCCUGUAACCCUCAAUACAUAUCCCGACCCCGAUGCCGACUCAGACGUCGCCGAAGAUGAGAUUCCAAUCAGUGUACUAGACCCGGUCCCUCGGCGGAACAACAUGCCGCCGCUGCCAGAUCUACGGUUUGAACAGAGCUAUUUGAAGAGCAUUGAGCAGGCACAAGGGUGGCAGGGUGUGCUUUGGAUAACACUACGGGACCAGGUCAUCAUGUGCUUCGCGCAAGGAGUGUUAUGGACGCUUGUCCUCAACGGCUGGCGGCACUGGAAUCGCUCGGCCAAGUUCAGUGGGCAGAGUGUUGGCGCAAAGAUACGGAGAUGGUGGUGGGGUGUCAACAACUGGUCGGUUCCAAAUGCGAAAUCACGGAUGAACGACUCCAAGUUGUCCAAGAACGUGUCGGAGGAGCUUCUAACACCUGUGACUAAUCAUGGCGUAGCGUGUCAUCGAACGCGUCGUGCUACCCAAGUAAUCACCUUUCCUAACAUCACGCCCUCAACGCUACCCCCAGAGCAGCUCUCACCUCAUCGAGAUGCUAGUCAGUCACCAAUCAAACCCAUCAUGAAGCCAUUCCGGCCUCUCACCCUCGCGCGGGCGAAUUCACAGAACGGCGAGCCACCGAACAAAAAGCGAAGGAUAUCGUCCAAUGCACUCCCAUCGAGCAAUCGCCAGCCCCUCAAUACGCUGAGCAAUCCCGCGCCAGCACAGUUUCUACCACCCGGCCUCGAUGGGAGCUUUUACACUGUACUGUGGCGAAAGUACACGACCAAGAAAAACAAGACAUGGGACGGAGAUGGCGUGCUUGCUGUGGUCAACGGCUACGCUACGCUCACGGAUAGUAGCACAGGCAAAGAGCUAGGAAAGGGGGUGUGCAAUCGGCCGCUACUUCCUGGGUCGGCCUUCUCUGUGGGUGGCAAGGAGAUUGAGAUUGAUGGCGUUAUCGAGAAGGCGGACUAUUUGGCUGGUCGCAUGUUCUUGGACACGGCUGCUGCUGCGCCUGUGGGGCAGUCGAAGCAUGUUGAACCGGGAUACAAGCCAUCGUCUUCGAGCAAGUCGAAGGCAGAGAGGACGGACUCAUCGGGACGAAACAAGGUGGACAAAACUAGCGACGGUGGGGAAGAUGUGUUGGGGUACAAGCCGUCCGUACACCGCAAGAAACAUUUCAAGGCGCCUUUACUGUCAAAUACGGUACUUCCGCAACGAAACCCGUCGAUUCCACAGCCACGCCAUGAUCCGAACACGCCUAAUGCGCUCGUCAUGAAGCGACCAACAUCGUGUCCAACAGGGAAGCAGAUCGUCGACGUGGUAGUCGAUCCUGUUGUGAGCAAGCAUCUCCGAGACCAUCAGCGUGAGGGUGUGCAAUUCUUGUACGAAUGUGUUAUGGGCAUGCGGUGUGAGGGCGAGGGUGCCAUCAUGGCCGACGAAAUGGGACUGGGAAAGACACUACAGACAAUCGCGCUUCUCUGGACAUUGAUGAAGCAAAAUCCAGUUUACGAAAGUGCACCAGUCGUCAAGAAAGCUCUGAUUGUCUGCCCAGCUGGGCUGGUAGAUAAUUGGAAACGCGAAUUUCGAAAAUGGCUCGGCAACGAGAGGAUAGGGGUCUUCGUCUUGGACAGCAAGAAUAAGAAGAUUGCCAACUUCACUAUGGGAAAAGCAUACAACAUCAUGAUUGUAGGGUAUGAGAUGCUCCGUAUUGUGCAAGAGGAAUUGAAAAAGGGCAGUGGCGUCGACAUUGUCAUUGCGGACGAGGGCCAUAGGUUGAAGACUGCGAACAACAAGGCAAUGCUUGCUAUUCAGUCCCUCAACACCGAGCGGCGUAUCAUCCUGUCCGGUACGCCCCUGCAGAACGAUCUGGGGGAGUUCUUCACCGCCAUCGACUUCGUCAAUCCCGGCCUCCUCGGGCAACGCUCUGCAUUCAAGCGCGCAUUCGAGGUUCCAAUCAUGCGCAGUCGUCAGCCAGACGCAAGUAAGUCAGAGCUCGAGAAGGGUGAGGCACGAUGGAAAGAGCUCGUCACCUUGACUAGCCAGUUCAUCAUUCGACGAACUGCAGAUGUUCUUUCAAAAUACCUUCCGCCAAAAACAGAGCAUAUUGUCUUUUGCCGACCGACCAAGGGACAAGCAGAAGCCUACCGCGCGAUCCUUGCUUCCCCAACCUUUGCGGUCGCAUUGGGAAGUACCGACAUCGCGCUUCAGCUCAUCAACGUGCUGAAGAAGAUCUGCAAUAGUCCAUCCCUGCUCAAAUCCUCAAAAGACAACGAUGACACGCCGUCAGAGAUGUUACAAACACUCAUUCCCCUCAUUCCGCCGCAAAUACUAAACUCGAGUGCGUCGAGCGCCAAGCUACGGCUGCUCGAUAGCCUUGUACAUCGUAUACACACUACGACCGAGGAGAAGAUCGUCAUUGUGUCGAAUUAUACCACCACUCUCGACAUGAUAGAGCGCCUUCUCGUCUCCCUCUCUUACACUUUCCUACGCCUCGACGGAAGUACCCCAACGUCAAAGCGCCAGGCAUUGGUAGAAAGGUUCAAUAAGACCCCGAAAGCGACUUCGUUCGCCUUCCUCCUGUCCGCGAAGUCCGGAGGCGUCGGUCUCAACCUUAUUGGAGCAUCGCGCAUCGUGCUCUUCGAUAUUGACUGGAACCCCGCCACGGAUCUUCAGGCAAUGGCUCGUAUCCACCGCGACGGUCAAAAGUUGCCUUGUAAGGUCUACCGGUUCCUAGUUCAGGGUGGUCUGGAUGAGAAGAUCUACCAACGGCAAGUGAUGAAGAUGGGGCUAGCCAACGCCGUCGUCGACAACAAAGCCUCUGCAUCCUCCUUCUCCAGGGAAGAACUUCGCGACUUAUUCCGCCUUGAUGAGCGUGAAGGCUGUCAAACGCACGAUAUACUCGGCUGCACGUGCGAUUGCCGGGGCAGUCCGGAUAUCAAAUUAGAAACCGAGGAAGUGGUUUCAACAGACGAAGAGGACGACGAGGUCGAAAAGUACCCGGGCUUGGUAAAAGCGAGUCAGGUCGAUAUGCAUGAACAAGAAGCCAAGCUCGAGGCAAGCCGGGUGGCGAAGAAACCGAAAUUACAUAUGCUAAUGGAGUAUCGGCAUAUUGACACGAAGAUUCUCAAGCAGGCUAGUCGUGAGAAAGAGACGGAGAACGACGAGGUGGAUGUCGAUGACAUGGCGGUGGCUAUUGAUGAUGAUGUAUUCCUUGAGGUGCUGAGGGAGCCGGAGUGUAAUGUCGGGUUCUUGUUGACCAAGUCGACAUCUUAG